UAGCUAUUUAGAUUAAGUGCUUACAUGAUAAGAGCUCCUAGGCCCUACUACUUACUGGCACGUUUUUCGGGUAUAUUUACGCCAAUUUCAACAGUCAAAGAGGAUCAGGAUAUUCAGCUACUAAAAAUGGCUUCUUGCAUAUUGCUCCUCAUAUUGGCUGGAAAUAUUCUUGGAUUUGAAUCGCCGCUAGACGCGAGACAGAUUGCUAGCUCAUCGCAAGCCAUCGAGUCUACCGACGAAUCCAUAGGCUUUCGACGCGCCUCAAAUUCGAUCGGGCAGCAUGACUGGCCCGUUGUGGCUCCUCCCUUAAUCCAAGUGGGCUCUCAGCGGCCAACUGACUUGUGUCCUACUGGCGCGGCUCUAAAAGUAGAGAGUGGUGAUGUUGUCAUUGAGAUUGAUUCACCCGAAAGAAAUCGGUACACUAGGGAAACACCGACAAAAUGCAGCAUGGAAAGUUAUUCGAGAAAACGUUCCAGUGCUCGAGGAGAGGAAACAUCUCGUGCAGCAGAAGCAUCUAAUGGUGGAAGUAAUGAUGGAAGAGACGAUUGCGCUGUUUGCUUAGGGCUUCUGGACUCGGACCUACGUUCGUUGAAGUGCAAGCACGUUUUCCACCGGGAGUGCAUUGAUGGAUGGUUAAGAGGAGGUCGGCCCACCUGUCCGAGCUGUCGAGCCGAGAUUUCCUCCGGCCACAAGAUAGUCGCAGAUCAGAGUCCACAAACAUCAUCACCUCAACUCAGUCCUCUAAGUGGCCCCACCGAACAUCAUCAGCCACUCGACUCUCCCAUCCAAGAAGGCUAUAUCAGUGAUCCGGUCGAAGCAGACUAUCACAUGAGUUACGCAAGGUUCGCUAUGGGCCCCACCAGUUAUCCUGGACAUGAUUGCUCGUGCUGUCGCCUCAUGUUUUUCAAUUUCGUCGUUGGCAUCUUUUCAAUCAUCACUAUCUUGAUCUACAUUGUCUUAAAGAAUAAAUUGUAGGUUGAUCCUGCUUGACGCUUUCAAAUGAGUGCCAG